UAUGUGACAGCGUUCAGUACUGUUGCCCGCAGCACCUAGUUGACGAUAUACCUAAUCAUGCAGCCGUGUGCGAGGUCCUUCGUUGCAUGCGUCAUGCUGAUCGCCUUGUUGAGCGAGAAACAGAACAGGCAGCGGAACAGGCUGCGACGUCCCCUGGCGAGGUUACCGCUUCACAAGCACUCCUGCCGCAGCCCCAGUCCACGUUGGACGGGUAUCAACCACCGCAGCACAGCCAGCAUGGCUGGCAACAUAUCGUUCCCGAUAAGUUCCUGCGUGUCUAUCCCCUAUCCGAGGAACAAGGAGUAGGCGGCGAGAGCCUAACCGCACGGAAACGGAUGGUCCUGAAGAGCCGGUCCCUUCCGAGCCAGACGGCAAGGCAGAUGACGAAGCCCAGCUACUGCUGGCGGCAGAGCUUGCAGAGCGCACAGCGGUUCUCAGCUACGCGUACACAGCGGCCCAUGCCUUGCAAACCGUGCCGGCAGCUCAUAGUGCUGCACGCCGAGCCGAAGCUGAGCAUCGCCCCUUGGAGCUGCUAGUCCUCGGUGCAGCUGCGGAUGCGGAACUGGGCGACCUAGCUUCGUGGCAGGUGGUUGCCGCCGCGUUGGACCAAGACGUGCGGAUCAAAUUCGUCGGGCCCGAGGUGCCUGAUCACCUUGCCGGGACCGCGGCACAGCAUGGCCGCGUAGCCAUGCGCUUCCUGCAGGGUACGUACAUGCAGCGCGCAGAAGAAGCACCUGACGUCUGCUUUGCAUUUAACCCGGGCUUCACGUGUCCCGACUACGACUGGUCUGAGACCGUCAAAACUCUGACCAGGUCGAAGCGCUCUCCUGGCAGUGGGUCCUCCAGCGGAGCGCGGAGGUCUGGGGUUCCCGUCCAGCCCUGCAUGUUGGUUGCAACCAACACUAGCAUGGAGGCGCAGAUGGAAGCUGAGUGGCUUCAGGAGUAUGGCUGGCAUUCAGAGGACUCGGCGUUACCAAACCCAUACACCUCGCUCAAGCUGCUCCAGAGCGGCACACUUGCAAACGACCUAUACCGUAAAAAUGCUUGGCUGGUGGUCUACGAGCACCGGCCUACGCAACCACGGUUGGUCCGUGGCGGUCGCUCAGGCAAGCGUAGCGCCAAGGCAGCGGCGAAGCGCGCAGCAAAGGCGCUGUACAGCGCCAUGGUUGCCCCCGUCGCGCGCCUUCUGCGCAAGCGCUGAGCUUCUACGGCUUGAAACCCAGCGGCUGAAACUGUUUGCUGCAAGGCCACCCUGGUGUGGGCAGUCGUUGAUUGCCGUCACCGCUGUCGACUCGGUUGAGGGCUGUAGGCGUGACUCAUGUCCACAUUCGGGUGGUCCUGAGCACGUUGUGUUAUUUUGCAGGAGUGGUGCGUGUACGGGCGCGAUAGGCUAGUGCAGAGCCCUUGAUAGGGCGCUGGGCCUCAUGACUAUCCCGAUCAAGGAUGCACGGGGUGACUUGUAAGGAGUUGAGACUUGGCCUGAAACAUGCUGUAGAC